AUGGAGAACUCAAAGCAAAUCUCAGAUUUUCCUCAGAGCUCAGACUUUAUUGGAGACCAGAAAAUCUGCAGUUAUAGGAACUUGAGAAAUGGUUUGACCAGAGAGCUGUCUUUACAGAACCGUAUCAAUCCCUCCAGUGAGAAACCUUACAAAUGCCCUGAGUUUUUUGAAAACCUUCAGUCCAAGCCCAUGUCUGAUCACCACAAGAGGAUUUAUACAGGUGGGAAACUUACAAGUUCUGUGAAUGUGAGAAAGCUCUCUAGCAAUGCUCACCUCUCCUCAUUCCAAGAGAAUUCAGAUCAGAGGAUGAUAUUUUUUUAA